UCCCAGUACCCAUAAUCCUAUGCGCUAUGCAGACGGUGACCCGGAAACACCGCCCCGCCACUUCCUGUAAACAAGGCUCCGUCCUCGGUCGGUUGAUACUAGAUCCAAGUGGCCUACACUGGCUCUUCCACAGAUACGGAGACAGUUCCACCGGAGGGAGAUUAUAUAGAGGAACACAGAGGUCUGUACAAGGACGUGAUGAUGGAGAAUCACCUGCUCCUCACAUCACUGGAUGGAUCCAGUAACAGAGAUACCCCAGAGAGAUGUCCCCGUCCUCUGUAUUCCGAGGACUGUACAGAGGAGAAUCACAGGAUCCCACAUGAGGAUCAGGUAGAACGUCUUUCUCGUAUAAAGGCAGAAGAUAUAAGGAGAGAAGAAGAGACGUAUGUGACUGAUAAUAAGUUAGAAGAUAUGGAGGGAGAAGAAGAGACGUUUGUGACUGAUAAUAAGUCAGAAGAUAUAGAGGGAGAAGAAGAGACGUAUGUGACUGAUAUGAAAGCAGAAGAUACAGAGGGAGAAGAAGAGAUGUAUGUGACUGAUAUAAAGGCAGAUGAUAUAGAGGAAGAAGAAGAGAUGUAUGUGACUAAUAUGAAGGGAGAAGAAGAGACGUAUGUGAGGGGAGAUCAGCAGUGUAAGGAGGGGAAAAUCCUUACAGAUAUCAGCACAGCAGAUGGACACACAAGCAGGAAUAUCUCAGGAGGAUAUCUAAAGUUAUCCCCGGAUUGUGACAUAAAAGAUAAUGACAGUAGACAGGAUUCUCCAGGAGCUAACCCCAUUACCCCAAUUAUUCAUCCAGCUCUAUCCGCUGAUCCCUCUGAUCCUGGGAAAUGUUCUCCUGAUCACUCUAAUAUUGGUGCAUCUGUUACAGCUCUGAGAGUAGAUUCAGUGUUUCCCUGUUCUAUAGAUGACAUAUGUUUUACACAGAACACAAACCUUAUUACUCAUCAGCCAGCUAAGGCAGAUGAGAGGCCAUUUCCAUGUUCUGAGUGUGGGAAAUGUUUUACAUAUAAAUCAUAUCUUGUUAGACAUCAGAGAAGUCACACAGGUGAGAAGCCAUAUUCCUGUUCUGAGUGUGGGAAAUGUUUUACAACAAAAUCAUUUCUUGCUACACAUCAGAGAAGUCACACAGGUGAGAAGCCAUAUUCCUGUUCUGAGUGUGAGAAAUGUUUUGCACAGAAAUCUGCUCUUGUUAUACAUCAGAGAAGUCACACAGGUGAGAAGCCAUAUUCCUGUUCUGAGUGUAGGAAAUGUUUUGCAACAAAAUCAUAUCUUGUUAGUCAUCAGAGAAGUCACACAUGUGAGAAGUCAUAUUCCUGUUCUGAGUGUAGGAAAUGUUUUGCACAGAAAUCUGCUCUUGUUAUACAUCAGAGAAGUCACACAGGUGAGAAGCCAUAUUCCUGUUCUGAGUGUGGGAAAUGUUUUGCACGAAAAUCAAAUCUUGUUACACAUCAGAGAAGUCGCACAGGUGACAUGCCAUAUUCCUGUUCUGAGUGUGGGAAAUGUUUUGAACAGAAAUUACAUUUUGUUAUACAUCAGAGAAGUCACACAGGUGAGAAGCCGUAUUCCUGUUCUCAGUGUGGGAAAUGUUUUUCAUCGAAAUCACAUCUUGUUAGUCAUCAGAGAAGUCACACAGGUGAAAAGCCAUAUUCCUGUUCUGAGUGUGGGAAAUGUUUUGCACAGAAAUUACAUUUUGUUACACAUCAGAGAAGUCACACAGGUGAGAAGCCAUAUUCCUGUUCUGAGUGUGGGAAAUGUUUUGCACAGAAAUUACAUUUUGUUACACAUCAGAGAAGUCACACAGGUGAGAAGCCGUAUUCCUGUUCUGAGUGUAGGAAAUGUUUUGCACAGAAAUCUGCUCUUGUUGUACAUCAGAGAAGUCACACAGGUGAGAAGCCAUAUUCCUGUUCUGAGUGUGGGAAAUGUUUUGCACGAAAAUCAAAUCUUGUUACACAUCAGAGAAGUCGCACAGGUGACAUGCCAUAUUCCUGUUCUGAGUGUGGGAAAUGUUUUGCACAGAAAUUACAUUUUGUUAUACAUCAGAGAAGUCACACAGGUGAGAAGCCGUAUUCCUGUUCUGAGUGUGGGAAAUGUUUUUCAUCGAAAUCACAUCUUGUUAGUCAUCAGAGAAGUCACACAGGUGAGAAGCCGUAUUUCUGUUCUGAGUGUGGGAAAUGUUUUGCACAGAAAUCAUAUCUUGUUAUACAUCAGAGAAGUCACACAGGUGAGAAGCCAUAUUCCUGUUCUGAGUGUGGGAAAUGUUUCGCACAGAAAUCAGCUCUUGUUACACAUCAAAAAAGUCACACAGGUGAGAAGCCAUAUUCCUGUUCUGGGAAUGGGAAAUAAGCUCUUGAUAAACAUGAGAGAAGUCACACAGGUGAGAAGCCAUAUUCCUGUUCUGUGUGGGAAAUGUUUUGCAUAUAAAUCAAAUCUUGUUACACAUCAGAAAAGUCACACAGGUGAGAAGCCAUUUUCAUGCCGUGAAAUCAAUUCGCUUUUGUUGAACAUAUUAGACAUUUCCCAAGUAUGUAACCAUUUAAAUCUUCUGGAGUAUAAUUAUCACUGUCAUGCAAUGUUCCUCAAGGGUCAAUCCUAUCUCCUAUGCUUUAUAAAAUAUACAUGCUACCACUGGGUGAUAUAAUCAGACAUCAUGGCCUGGUCUACCACUGCUAUGCAGAUGACCUGCUUUUUGCUCCAUGUACUGAGAACCUAAUACCAAUCCUAAAUGGUUGUCUAGCUGAGCGCCAGGGGUGAAUGAUGCCAGUUGGCUAUGACUCAGUCUUUGUGAAACAUAAUAGAAGCUCACCAACAAAGGACAAGACUACAGCUUUACCAACCAUCUGGAUUUAUGCUUUGGUGUUCAGAAUUGCAAAAUACUGAACAUGUGCUGAAUCUUUGUGUUGUCCUGGUAUGUGGCUGACACAUACAUCAGGUAUCUGCCACAUACUAAUCCUCAUUCUUCCAUCUGUGGACCGUAGCCAGAAUCAAGCACUUGAUUCCCUCAGAAGUUCAUAGACUACUGCAAUACCAUCUACCUGGGUCACCCAGCAAAAGAAUUACAGAGCUUGCAGCUAGUACAGAAUGCAGCAGCCAAGCUGUUACCUGACCAGCCCGUUCCUGCCUCAUAACACCCAUUCUCUACUCCCUUCACCGGCUGCCUGUAAGAUGACAAAUCUAUUUCAUAAUUAGCUAACUGACCUUCCCAGCCCAACAUUACAUGGUCCAAGGUACUAGAAGCAGCUUCUGCCUCCUUACUGACAGAACAAAAUGUAAGUUGCUCAAAUCAAUUAGGAAGUACAAUUCAGGUGCAUGAAAGGGAGGGGGUAGUCUGGCAAGAAAUACAU